GAGAUAUCCUGCCGUACGAUAUCCAAACACCAGACGACAGGUACCCAUCGAUCUCGCCUGUCAUCGGCUGUACGCUGCUUUACCUGUCGGGCGGUACCUGAACCAAAACAGCGUCCCCCAGCCCUCUUCUACAGCCGACUGAGCUUCGCUGCUCUUCCCUUUGACAACAACCCAAACAAGCAUUGUCGCCUCGAUUCUCUCCGUGCCACCCGCACAAAGCUUGUUUCAUCCAUCAUACUACCAACAAGCUUUCAAUUGAUUCUGUAUUGCCCUUUGCCCUUCUUCCUCUUUACCACACACAAUGCCCCUCUCGAGCGACCCCGCCGGCAAGCUCGAGGUCGACACCAACAUGUCCAACAACUCGACAACGUCGGCAUCCCCAUCGCCGACCAGUGGGAAACCUCCCGUUGCUGGUGAUGACCCUGUCGCGACCAUCACAGUGAAUACCCAAGUCCCCGCUGCUCCUGCCAACAACUUCCCUCCACCCAAGACAGACAAACCCCGUCCUCACGUCUGCGGAACAUGCCAGCGGUCCUUUGCCCGUCUGGAACACCUCAAGCGCCAUGAGCGAUCCCACACCAAAGAAAAGCCCUUCGAGUGCCCAGAUUGCGCAAGAUGCUUUGCCCGCAGAGAUCUGUUGUUGAGGCACCAGCAGAAGCUACAUCAGACUACCACCCCAUCGUCGCGUCCUCGCAAUCGCCGCGAGAGCACGAGCGCGCCUAUGGCCGGUGGUAACAACCGGGUCCGCAAGAAUAGCGUCGCUGGCCCUGGCCCCAAUGCUGCCGCCCAAGCAGCAGUCACUGCUGCCAUGCGGCCUCGAGCAAACACCAUCAGUCACGUCGACACUACGACAAUGCAGUUGAUCGCUGCGGCCAAUGCUCAGGCGGCCAGGGCUAUGCCACCACAACACAGCCGACAUCCCAGCUUGGCUGGCUUCCCUCACCACAACUUUGAUCAUCACGCUUAUACCGGCAUGGCCAACGCCAUGGUGCAGCGCGGGGUUCCUCACGGACUCCCCAAACUGGAGACUCAUACCAUGAACGGCAUGGACUUCUCUACGGGCUUGAGGACAGCUCCCAUUAUGCCCUUCAACCCAGAGUUCGACUUCGGGGACCCCUCGAUGCUGUUUAGCCCGGCCUCGACCAUCAACCCCAAUGCACUUCAUUACAGUGAUUCGCCGAACCUGAUGGGCGUAGACCCCUUGUCUCCCUUUCCACACGGGCUUCCUGAUAUGACAGGCGGCCAGCAUCUGGAUGAAAACUUUGACUGGCUACAAGGUUUUGACCAGCAAAUGUCCUUCAACAACGAUCUUCACGACCAUGUCAUUGACCGAUCCUCGCCUUCGGCCAUUAGCACUGCCAGCCAGAGCGGCAUCAGCGACGUAAUGGUGGAUGGAUCGAACCACCGCGCUCCCGCUGUGGAGACGAGCUCGAUCUGGCAGGGCAGUAUAAUGGGGCCCCCGCAAAUACCCAACUCGUUUUCUCUCGGCGACAUGGGCAACACCGUAUUCCCCGAUCUCUUGACCGGGGUCCCCCUUUCGCCGCAGCCCGCUCCAUCCAGCAAGAAUAUGGGCGAUGCCUACUUUUCGACACCACCGUCCUCAAUGAACUCGCUAAGUCCCAACAUAUUCUCGGGCCUCAAUGGUCAAAACAUGAACAAUGCACUGAACAAUUUCGGUGCCGGCCCGGAGACGCCGUCGUCCAUGAAUGGUGCCCUGACGGCCUCCCAGGCUUCCCAGUUCGGAGCUCGAAGAUACUCGUACGCGACAACCAGCAGCUCCCCGUUGUCGACACAAUCGCCGACGACAACCACCAGCACCGAGCUCCCCAACACCCUCCCGAACACCCACGAUCUCCAACGAUACGUCAGUGCUUAUUUGCGAUAUUUCCACCCACAUCUGCCGUUCCUCCACAUACCGACACUCUCGUUCGACGUUCCCACGCUCCCGGUUAACGGACAGGAUAACGGUAUUGGCGGAAGCGGCUGCCUUCUCCUUUCAAUGGCGGCGAUCGGUGCCCUCUACGAGAUGGAGCAGCAGAUAUCGAUGGAUUUGUUCGGUAUGGCGAAAAAGAUGAUCCAAUUAUAUCUUGAUGAGAGAAGAAAAGCAAACGUUAGGAAGGCAGAUUUCCGACGACCGUCCAUGUCGGAGCAUACGUUACAGCAGCAGGAAAACCCGGUAGAGACGCCGGUCUGGCUUGUUCAAGCCAUGCUCCUCAACGUCAUUUAUGGCCACAAUUGCGGCGACAAGCGUUCCGGCGAAAUUGCGUCAACCCACGCUGCCGCGCUGGUAAGUCUGGCCCAAGGAGCUGAGCUGCUGAACCCGAUCAGGAUCGAGCCCAGCGUCGAUGUCGAUACGAUGGACAUGGAUGUAAGCUGGAAUGCGGCAGAGGUGGAAUGGCUCCGCUGGAAGUCCAUGGAGGAGAGGAAGCGGACGCUCUAUACCGUGUUUAUUCUUUCUAGCCUCGUGGUAUCCGCUUAUAACCACACGCCAGCCUUGACCAACUCCGAAAUCUUCCUCGACCUCCCAUGUGAUGAAGAGUUCUUUGCUGCGGAUUCCAGUCAAAUCUUCCAUGCUCAGGGUGGCGUCGCGGCCGCAAACCAUAACCGGAUGACGUUUCACGAGGCCCUGGGGGCACUCCUCCAGAGACAGAAAGUGGCUUCAAGGUUGGCGGACGGCAAUGAUUUUUCCACCACUAACCUUCCGAAGCCAAGCACGUUUGGUUGUCUUAUUCUUAUCAAUGCCCUGCACAACUACAUCUGGGAAACUCGCCAACGCCACCACAACAAGGUUUGGACGAAUGAAGAGACUGAAAAGAUGCAUCGACACAUUGAGCCAGCUCUUCGCGCGUGGAAAGCCGUAUGGGAGAGCAAUGCCCACCAUAGCCCAGAGCGUCCGAAUCCGUUUGGUAAGGGGCCGCUUGCCGCUGAUGCCAUUCCGUUGCUUGAUCUUGCCUAUGUCCGUCUCUACGUUAACUUUUCUCGCGUCAAGGAGAAGUUUUGGCAGCGGGAUUGGGAUGGCAUGGCAGAGGAGCUGGCUCGCGGCUCUGAAAUAGUCCAACAUGCAGAGCAGACCCCAAUCGCUAUCAAUCUUGCAUCAGAAGACGCGGAUACCGCCAGGCCUGAAGCCUUUUCCAAUCUGAACCUCGGCCAGUCGCCACUUGCUAUUACGAACAACAGGUCCGAUCCACGGAGAGAACGCCAUCUCCGAAAGGCAGGUUUCAUUGCGGCUGAUUCGUUGCUCAAUGCGGACAAGUUCAAUGUAACGUUUGCCGAUGCGACCGCUCGCGAGCUGCCUGUGCAGUCAGCCAUCUGCACGUUUGAUUGCGCACAGGUUCUGGCUGAGUGGGUUGCCACGCUGCAAGACCGCGUUGGGCGAUACCUGGGGAUUCUUGGUCGGGACGAUGUCGACCUAAAAGAAGUGCCCGCGGUGGUUCUCCUGGAAGACGAUGACAUCAAGCUGUUGGGUAAGAUUCAAGAGAUAAUCCAGCGGGCGGAGCUCAAGAUGAAUGCGGACCAGACGUCUCAUGGUCUCAAUGGCGAUGGUCUCAACAAUGUCAACAAUGGUCAGCGGGAUGAUCAUAUGGGUUAUGCGGCAAAGAUACUGCGGAUCACGGCGUAUCUCAUUGACAAGGGCGCUGUGUGGCCGGUAACCCGUCUGAUCUCCUCUUGUCUCGAAACCCAUGCGGAUCACAUGCGCGCGCGCGCUGAGAAGUCCGUUGCGGCCAUGGAAUAAACUGUUGACAAUGACAACAUCAGACACCGUUUGCUACAUUUUUCGUAUCUAUCACGGCAAAUACUGUUCCGGCAUACAUGCUCUUAUGAGCGUCCACAUCCAACUUUAUCAUUACGGGAGCAACUUUUAUUACGUUUCAACAAGAUUCGACGGUCAACAGGACAAAUACGAGUC